AUGGAGGGCGAACGGGUAUUACUUAACUUGUCACCCAUGCGCGGAGUAGUGCGUUUUGGUGCUCUUGGAAAGUUGAGCCCUCGAUUGAUAGGACCAUAUGAAAUUUCUGAACGUGUAGCCUCUCAUGUCUUACAUCCCGAACCUUUAGAUUUGGAUAUAUCCUUGUCUUACCCUGAGCAACCGGUUAGAAUCUUGGACAAGAAUGUCCGCAGUACACGACGGAAAGAUAUAUCUAUGGUAAAAUUCUUGUGGUCAAAUCACGAACAUGAAGCGGCUACAUGGGAAACGGAGGACUCUAUGCGAGCAAAGUACCCUCAUCUCUUUCAGUUCAAUAGUGUUACGGGGACGUAA